UUUUUUUUUUUUUUUUUUUUCGUUUGUGGCUUGACUCGGCACGCGUCAAUAAAAAAAAUAGAAAAAAACAACAACAACAACGCAUACUUGCACAUAUUAAUAGUAUCUCGCGACACGCUGGCUGGAAUUCGAUUUUGUUGAUCAAAAUCAAAAUCCUCACCGCAUUCUUGCUUUAUAUCGAUCAGCCCUACUUCAUCUCAACCACUACAUCACAUCACAUCCACUUCAAUUCAAUCACCUCCAAUACAAUAACACAAAACAAAACAACAAAAUGUACGCCGCCCGUGCCGCAAAACCAAAGCUCUCCCUGAGCAUCUCCGCCGCCCAAAACGCCCGCUCCUCCUUCCCCCUCAAAUCUCCCAGCGCCGCCCCCCGCACCCCAAUCUCGCCCGCCGCUCCUAUCCCCAGCCCCGGUGCCGGUGCGAAGCGCUUCUCAACGCUGCAGCCAUCCUACGCGUACGCCAACACUUGCUCAUCCAAGAGUAUUCUCAAGAAACAGCCUGGUCACGGGGCUGGCGCGGACAAGAGGAUUAAGUUCAAGGGGACGCCGACUGUGCAUUGCGUCACGCCGAUUGAGAAUAAGGAGGAGUAUUAUGGGUGUCAUACGAGGAUGGGGAGGGAGGAGAGGAGGUGGGUUGUUAGGGAGUGAUUUGCUUGAGUUGAGUGAUGGAUAUGACACGACAAGAUAAGAUGAGAAGAUGAAGCGCGUCUUGACCGGAUCUGGUCGAUAGCUAGGGCUAUUGAGAGACGGGUCGACCUUGAUGGUCUGCAAUCACGCCCGGCUCCGACGGACUCAGGUCUACGAUACAACACUGUCGGAAUAAGGUCUCGGAUGGUCCUGUUGGAUGGGCUAUGUGUGUUAAGAGUGCUAUUAUGAUCAUGACGUGAUGCCUUAUGAACUUACCUAGCUGGAAUCAAUGCACUCA